AAACUUAACGGCAUUUUAAAAUUGAGCAGCGUUUGAGUAUUUUGGCAUUAAUCAUUCAUUCGUUACAGUCUAUCAUAAGUCUAUUGCCGAAGCCUGCUACAUAAAUUUUCUAAUUAUAGCGAUAUUUGCCAUAGUUAUCGCGCUUGGCAGGCGAGGUACGACACCCACGGGAUGGUGUACAUAGGGUAGUGUAGGAUGGUGUACAUGGUGGGCAUAGGGUAGUGUACUAUACACAGUCGACUCUCGAUAAUUUGAAACUCGUUAAUUUGAAUCUCUCGAUAAUUUAAAAUUUUUUACCAGUCCCUUGAAAAAUACUCGAUAAAUUGAAUAAAAUCAAUAUAAAUCGGUCCCUUCGGUAAUUUGAAGUUGGAAGAGUAGUAUCUUGCCCGCCAACAUGCAAUAAUUUGAAGUCUAGGCUUCUCUCGAUAAUUUGAAGCGUUUAUCAUGCACAAACCCGUCGUUUGUUUAUAUACAUGUACAGACCUGUAAAUUGUUUAUAUAAAUGAGAGAGACUUCUUUUCAAAAUGAACAUUUGUGAAUAAUUGUGCAAAUGUUAUGAGUAUGUUAGGGAUGAAGCUGAAUGACAGAGUGAGAAAUUGUUUAAUAAGAGAAGAGUGUGGUUUGCAAGAUGAUGUUGUGACCAGGAUUAAGAAAGGAAUGCUUCGGUGGUUUGGCCAUGUAGAAAGAAUGAAUGAGGAAAGAGUGACAAAGCAAAUCUAUGUUGCAGAGGUGAACGGCAUAGUCGGGAAGGGUCGCCCUAGGCGAAAGUUUAUCGACCAAAUUGGCGAUAUAUUAAAAAUGGGCCAUAUCAAGAGUACCUUUAACCGACGAGCGCGUAUGCGUAGGUAUAUGGAUGUGGAGGAAGCGAGAGAGGUGUGUCAGGAUCGUGCCAAAUGGAAGUCCAUAAUCUCUGCCUACCCCUCUGGGUGACAGGCGUGAGUGUUUAUGUUUAUGUUAUGUUAUGUUUAAAAUAAUAAAUCACGAAUUUUGAUCAAACUCUUGUUUACUUGAUUUUUUCCUCCCUCCCUCUUUGUUAUCUGAACUCCUGUUAUUUUGAACUCUUGGUAAUUUGCAAUUUUUCUCUGGUCCCUUCAGUUUCAAAUUAUCGAAAGUCGACUGUACUUACACCUCUACUACAUAGAGAAAAUUUUAUCCAAUAUUUCACUAAAAAUUAUUUUAUUCUACUUAAAACGUUCACAAGUUUCUAUAACACAUAGACACAGUGAUAUGAGGAUUUAUUAUAAUAUAUUGUUACAGACUUCAAUUUCCUAACCUCAAUUGCUUGUGGGUGGGCCCGAAAAAUAAAAAUAUUUAUUUCCCAAUGGAGUUACUGGAAGUCGUACCUGGACAGGUAAUUUCAUAAAUAAAAAUUAUUUUUUUACCCAAUGGAUGUAUUGUAUCGUAUAUAAUUCUUGUCAGAGGUCUUAUAGGCGUUUUACAUUAUACAAUAAAAUAUAACAGGCGCUGAGGAAGCAGCUCAAUGAAAUGCAGUUGUCGAAAAUGGUUCGUGAAGCAGCUACUCCACCAAAUAUACGUAUGCAGAAGAUCGAAGAUGUUAUAAAGGAUGUGAGUAUUCGAAAAAUAUGUGUAAUGUUACAUCUUGUUCAGGUUGCUGGUUUCUGACUUUUCAUUAUUUUUAUUGUAUGUUCCAAUUGAAGCUCGAUUCUCGUUCGAAAAAAAACGUCGUGUAACCAGCAUGUCAACAAUUUUUUUGUUAUUUUGAGGGUAUUUUUUUAACUACUCCAUCUUAACAAUUUGCCGUCAAUGGGAACUGGAGGUGCUCGGUGAUCUUUUCCUGAACCCAAAAGUCUCAGAAAUCAAAGACGCUCCGAGGCUAUUAUUUAAUUUUCAUUUUAAAUUCCUUAUUUCUUUUACUUUUAACUUAUCGAUUUUUUUAUUGUAGAUGAACUACGCCAGGAGUCCAUUAUUCAAGGAAUUUGGUUUAUCUAUCUCUGAAAAAUUUUUACAAGUUGAGGCUAAGGUACUGCAGCCUCCAAAAUUGAUGGUUGGGGCAGGAAGAACAGUUGAUCCCAGGAGGGGUGUCUGGCAAUCCAAUACUGUCCUGCAACCAGAGGUUCUUGGGUCAUGGGGUUUUAUAGCCAUUGAAGCCGACCCUCAACAAAGUAACUUCAAUGGCAUUAUUGACAUGGUGAGAACAUUUUUUUUUCAUAAAACGUAACGACACUAGGAUUUUCUCAUGUAUCGUGCAGUUUACAUACAUAAAUUUCAAAACGACAAACAAUGGUGAGAACAUUGUAGAGAUAUUGUAAGCUGCCGAUAGAAAAUCUUAAUUAAAGUAGCUCUGUCUCACUCCGCGCUUUAGGUGUGAAAAUAUACCUACGCUGCGCGGCCCUGUAUGCGGGGCUAUUUCCGUGAGGUUGUCACGCGCCCGCUCGUGCUGGCUGAAAAAUUGUUUUAAUCUGUCAUAAGUAUUAAGAAAUUAAAAUAUUUUUGUAUGACUCUAAUCAGUAUUUAGGCACUUUUGAUAUUUGUUUUUCGCAUGUUUGUAAAUAGCAAAAAAUGUGAAACAGACAAUUGACGGCUCCGUGGUGCAGUGCUUUAGCAAUGAGUUGCAACGCUGGGGCGCGGGUUCGAAUCUCGCACGGAACAAGUAUUUGUAUGGCCUACAAAUAAUUGUUCCGGGUCUAGAUGUUUGUCCUUGUGCAAUUUAUGUUUGUUAACUGUCUCCACGAUACAGGAGCAAAAUCCUAGUGUGGGGGUAAAGUUUCUUUUUAACAAUAUAAAAACAAGUAAAAGAAAUACUAAUACAUUGUAUAACACCUCGGUGUAUUCUACUAUAUACCAACAAAUAUCAAAGGAUUCAAUUUGUUUUCUCACAACACCCUAACCCUACAGUAGAAGCGGUCUUAAAGGCGCGUAACGGGCUAUGUGAUACAAACACUCGCACAUAGACGCAUUCGCAUUUUGAUUUAAUACGCGCGCCGUAUAAUUUUUUUUUCGAAUAUGUAAACGGUAGACUAAUUUCACGAAGGUCACUUCCUAGGCGUGCAAAGUAUUAUGAACAUUAGCGACGUAGUAACUAACUUUAAACUCGCAAGUUUUCUAUCAGAGGGUGAUCCUUCUGUUCUUGUACUAUUAUUUAUUCUGUGAUUAUAGCAGAAUAUCAUAAAUUCAUAAAGCAUCAAGUUUUCCUUUGUAACGCUCAGCUUAAAGUGAUUGCAAUAAGGAGAAGUAAAUAAAUGCACAAAUGUAACAUUGAAAGUAGUCAUUGCAAUAUAUUUCAUUUCUAUUUUAAAUUUGCCACUAGAAAUCUAUACUCUAUACAAAUAAAUAAAAUUGGAGUGUCUGUUUGUAAUGUCAAAAUAACAGCUGUUUACCGAAUACAUUUGAAAGUAUACAGAAUGGGGUCCCACAUAUAUGCAAUAAAUUAAACCACAAGUAAUACUAGUCCAUAGAAGUGUAGAAAAAUUAAAUAUUAAUUUAAAACCCGUAAAAUAAAAAAGUGAAAUUUUC